AUUUUCUCUGAAAAAAAAAAACACAGUAUCAUCUGGGUAUACAAAGCGUCAGCCAUGAUUCAAUUUUGGUGAUUUCUGUUGACACUUAUCAAUCUCUAAGGCAUCGAUAGUGAAAUUCUGCUUGUAUUCAUUUGGGUACACACAAAGCAAUAUCCGUGGUUCAGCUUUGGUGAUUUCCGCUGGUACUCAUCAGAGUCUCUUAGGCAUCGGUGGUCUGGUUAUUCAUCAUUGGUGGGGAUUUAUGCUAUAAUCGUCAUUCUACUGCUGAAAGUAUGACUCAAAGAUCUAGAAGCUUACAAGGUUUGAGGAUUAUGAGCAAUGAUUCUCAAUCUACCGGUGAAGUCCAACAAGAAGAAGUGCACCAAACAAGGAGUUCUUUUGAACAUGAAAGUCAAACUAAUCAAGUGAAUCAGGAAGAUAUCACUAAUAUGAUUGAUGGACGUGGAAGGCGAUUCCGAAAACGUGGAAAAACUACAAUGGCUGCAAUUUGGAACAUGGAUGAGAACGAAAGGAUAUUUUUAGAAGUGAAUGAAUUUGGAGUACCAUGUUCAAAAGAAGCAGCCAUACUUGGAUCCUUUCUUGGAACCAUUGCCACCAAUGGCAUUUAUGCACCUCUAAAUAUUACUAGAUGGGAUAAAGAAGAGUUUAAACCAUUCCAUGCCCAGAUAUUGAAACUUCUUGAGAAAAAAUUUGCUUAUCCAUCUGAGACAGAAAAAUUUAUUUUAAAAUCUGUAAAUAAGAAAUGGAGAGAUUAUAAGAGUGAUUUGAAGGCAAAAUAUUAUGAUCCGUUAAAGACUAAGGAACAAAUCUCUGAAGAUGUGCCUAAGGAUGUGUUGCCUCCUCAAUGGACUGCUCUAGUGAACGAAUGGUUCACAGAGAAAAAUCAGAAAAUGAGUUCCAUCAAUACUGCAAAUGCUAAAAAGCAAAAGAAUGCACAUACUACGGGUAGAAAAAGUUAUGCAAGAUUGAUGAAGGAAAUGGAAAAGACAAAUGGGAAAGCACUGCAUGACUUGAAUUUUUUGAAGCAACCCAUAAGAGAAAAGAUGGAAAAGGCUCGUGCUCUUAUAGCUGAGCGAAGUGAAAGAUCUGGGGCUGAUUUAGCACAAUUGCAUGAACAAAUUUUUCAAGAACUUAUGGGUCCAGAGCAUAAUGGUCGAGUGCGAGGUAUGGGUCUUGGACCAACUCCUUCAAGUUAUUUUGGCGUGACAACCCAAAAUGUAGGAUCAAGAUGGGAGUUUACCAUUAGUGGGAAUCAGUUAAAAGAGAUAGAAGAGUUGAAAGGGAAACUUCAAACAGUGAACAAUGAUUAUGCUCAAUUAAAAGAAGUUGGUGACAAUGCAAGUGAAGGUGAUCAGCGUUCUCCAAACAAUCAUUCUUCUCACUCAAGCCAUGAACCCAGUCAAGAUAAUUAUUGA